UCUUUUGGAGAUACUUAUUCGUCAGUCACUAUGAGUUGUUUUGGAACGAAUAAAGAUGCGAGAAAUGAAAAUAUCAUCAAGAUAAAAGGAAAAGUUGUGCUAGUGAAAAAAAAUCUGUUGGAUUUAAAUGAUUUUGGUGCUUCUAUGUUAGAUCGAGUUCAUGAGUUGUUUGGUUAUGGAGUUUGUUUGCAACUCAUCAGUUCUAUUACUGGCGACCCUGAAAAUGAAAUGCGAGGGAAGGUUGGUAAAGAAGCUUAUUUGGAAGACUGGAGUCACAAGAUAUCAGCUUUCACGGCAGAAUCAGUAGAAUUUGAUGUUACAUUUGAAUGGGAUGAAUCAAUUGGAAAUCCUGGUGCUUUCUUUAUCAAAAAUCAUCAUCACAGUGAGUUCUUUCUUAAAACGCUAAUCCUAGAAGAUGUGCCUGGUUCUGGUCCUGCUCACUUUGUUUGCAAUUCAUGGGUUUACCCUGCCAAAUACUACAAGUAUACCCGUAUUUUCUUCGCGAACCAGAGUUACCUGACAAGUAACACACCAGAACCUCUACGUAAAUAUAGAGAAGACGAGCUUAAAAAUCUUAGAGGCGAUGGAACAGGAGAACUUCAGACUUGGGAUCGAGUAUACGACUAUGCAGUGUACAACGAUGUGGGGCUUAACCGUCCUGUUCUCGGAGGGUCAAAAGAGUUUCCUUAUCCUCGAAGGGGAAGGACUGGUCGAAAGCCAAGCAACAAAGAUUCAAAGUACGAAACCAGAUUGUGUCCAUUUAACAUAAACAUCUAUUGUCCAAGAGAUGAAAAGUUCAGUCGUAUAAAGCUGUCAGAUUUUCUAGCUAUCUCUGUUAAGUCCUUCAGUCAGGUCCUUCCCCCAGAAAUAAAAGGUAUAUGUGAUAAAACAAUUAACGAAUUCGAUAGCUUUGAAGACGUGCUACGCAUUUACAAAGGAUAUGAAAAGAAGCCUGUAGAUCCAAAUUCAUCGAGUUCAAGUGGCGGUUUUGAGUUUUUCAAAGAACUUUUUCGCUCUGAUGGUGAAAAACCUUUCAAAUUCCCAAAGGCUGAUGUGAUCCACGUUGAUGAGUCUGCUUGGAGGAGUGACGAAGAAUUUGCAAGAGAAAUGCUUUCCGGUGUAAACCCAGUUGACAUUUCCCUUCUCCAAGAGUUUCCCCCAACUAGCAAGCUUGAUCCCCAAGUCUACGGAGACCACACAAGUUCAAUAACCAAAGAGCAUAUUGAGAAGAACUUAAAUGGACUAACCGUAAAUGAGGCAUUGGAGAAGAAAAAGCUGUUCGUACUAGAUCACAUUGACGAAACUAUACCAUACUUGAAUCUCAUAAAUUCAACAUCAACGAAAUGCUAUGCCGCUAGAACAGUCCUCUUAUUGCAAGAGGAUGGAACCUUAAAACCUUUGGCUAUUGAGUUGAGUUUGGUUCACCCAGAUGGCGAGAUUCAUGGUGCUGUCAAUAAAGUUGUCACACCAUCUCAAGAAGGUGUAGAGGGUUCCAUCUGGCAGCUGGCUAAAGCUUAUGUUGCUGUUAAUGAUUCUUCUUGUCAUCAACUUUGCAGUCACUGGUUGUACACACAUGCAACAAUUGAGCCAUUCAUAAUUGCUACUAAUAGACAAUUAAGUGUUCUCCAUCCAAUCUACAAGCUUUUGCAGCCUCAUUUUCGAGAUACGAUGAAUAUCAAUGCUUUUGCUCGCCAACUUCUUGUUAGUGAAGGUGGUUUAGUAGAAUUAGUUGUAUUUCCAUCAAAAUACUCUAUGCAAUUUUCUUCUUUGGCGUACAAACAAUGGGUUUUCACAGAUAAUGCACUUCCAGAAGAGCUAAUUAAAAGAGGUAUGGCCGUUAAAGACCCAAGCAAACCUCAUGGCCUAAGCUUAUUGAUUGAGGACUAUCCAUAUGCAGUGGAUGGGUUAGAAGUCUGGUCAGCAAUAAAUGAUUGGGUUCGUGAAUAUUGUUCAAUCUACUAUCCUAAUGAUGAGUCGGUCCAAAGUGAUACAGAGCUACAGACAUGGUGGGAGGAGCUUAGAACCCAGGGUCACGGUGACUUGAAAGAUGAGCCGUGGUGGCCAAAGAUGCAAAGUCUAUCAGAACUAACUCAAUCAUGCACCACAAUUAUGUGGCUAGCUUCAGCAUACCAUGCAGCAGUGAAUUUUGGACAAUAUCCAUAUGCAGGUUACCAUCCGAACCGUCCAACCAUGAGCCGCCGAUUCAUUCCCGAGCCAGGUACUCCUGAAUAUGAUGAGCUCGAGAAAAACCCAGACGCGGUUUACUUAAAAACAAUUAGCAGUCAGUUCAUCGCACUCCUCGGUUUAUCCCUCAUCGAGACUUUGUCUAGGCAUUCUGCUGAUGAAAUCUAUCUUGGACAAAGUGAAUACCCGGAUUACUGGACUAAAGACGCAGCAGCACUGGAAGCAUUUAAGAAAUUUGGUGACAAGUUAAAGGAGGUUGAAAAUAAAAUAAUGGAGAUGAACAAUGAUGAGAAAUUGAAAAAUAGAGCUGGGCCUGUAAAAGUUCCAUACACUUUAUUGUGUCCUUACAAUUUACCUACAUUUCCAAUGGGACUUACGGGUAGAGGAAUACCCAACAGUGUCUCCAUAUAGCUUGACCAUCGGCUUCAAGUUGUGAUCUCUAUGUUCCAAGUUUCACUCAUCGCUUGUGUGGUGAUCAACCAGAAACAGUCUUUGUAGGCAUGAGAAUACAUCCGGUAUUUGCUGUUAUAGAUGAAAACGGGCCGGAGAAAAAGUUUUCAUCAUGUGGGAGUGUUUUCUUUUGAAAGUUUGUAUGUUUGCGUCAGAAGAGAUAUUUGAGACACAUAAUUGUGUCCAAAAGGCUAUGUAUAAAUUGGAUUGGUAAUAAAAAUAGUUCUCUGCA